GGCUGUAUGUGUGUGAGGGCGGGGUGCAGCCGGCUGGCCGUUAGGUGGCCGCGAGCGGGGUGUGCUCGCGCGAGUUAAUUCCCCGCCCCUCCUCCCCCCGUCGGAGCCCGUCACGUGAUGCGGGUUUAAUGUUUACAUUCUAAGCGGGCGGCCCUCUCCCCUCUUCCCCGCGCGCCGCCGGGUGGUGACCGUUUCGCUUUCAUUUCCGGGCAGCCGCGAGCGCGGAACGGAGCCGACGAGCCCCCGCCCCCACCCGUCCGGUUACGGAACGAACCGAGGCUCCCCUCCCCGCGACAGAGAGAGAGGCGGUGCCGGGCCUGGGCAUCCCGCACCGAGCCGCCGCGGCACAACAUGGAGGAGCUGGUGGUGGAGGUGCGGGGCUCCAAUGGGGCCUUCUACAAGGCAUUUGUAAAGGAUGUACAUGAAGAUUCAAUAACAGUUGCAUUUGAAAACAACUGGCAGCCAGAGAGACAAAUUCCAUUCCAUGAUGUGAGGUUUCCACCACCUGCAGGCUAUAAUAAAGAUAUAAAUGAAAGUGAUGAAGUAGAGGUUUAUUCCAGAGCAAAUGAAAAAGAACCAUGUUGCUGGUGGCUGGCUAAAGUGAGAAUGAUAAAGGGUGAGUUUUAUGUAAUAGAAUAUGCAGCCUGUGAUGCUACAUACAAUGAAAUUGUCACAAUUGAGCGUUUAAGAUCUGUGAAUCCCAACAAACCUGCAACAAAAGAUACUUUUCACAAGAUCAAACUGGAAGUGCCAGAAGAUUUAAGGCAAAUGUAAGUACAAAUCUGUUUGUAUACAUAAUUUAUUUUGAAAUUUUGCUUGAAUAUGAGAACUCAGAAAAGAGGGAA